AUGCCCCCGCCCCCGCCGCCGGCGCCGGCACAGGUCCUGCAGCCAUCGCCGAUGGACGCGGACGAGACCAUGGAGGAGAAGGAUUGCUGCAUCCUCAGCCAGGAUUUCUUCUGCACCCCAGACUACAUCACGCCAGAGAUGCCGCAGGUUGCCAACGAGUUCGACGACGAUAAGGAGAACAUCCCCUGCCCCAAAUCUCCAGAGAAGUCAGCGAACCCUCGGAGCAAGCGGUACAGAACCGAUUGUUCUCCCAAAGGUCUGGAAUCCACGGACUUUUCUUUCGACCAUCAGAUUACUCCGGUUCCGUUUGACAGUCUCACUCGAGAUGAUUCAGAAGAAGAGCAGCCGAUGCAGCCUGCCCUGGAAAAGAGGGGUGGUUAUGUCUCCCAGUCAGCAGUGGCUCUGCGCUGCCGGGUGAUGCCUCCACCAUGUGUCAAGAACCUGUACCUCAAUACUGACCCAUGCAUAGAUGAUGCUGUUUACGGUGGGUGGCAAUGCAACUCAGCAGGGUUUUCUCCUUCAAUUGGUGGUAAUGGUCUUUCACGCUACCGAACUGAUUUCCACGAAAUAGAGAAAAUUGGUUCUGGCAACUUCAGUGUUGUGUUCAAAGUUCUGAACAGGAUAGACGGGUGCUUGUAUGCUGUUAAACGGAGUAUCAAGCAAUUGCAUAAUGAUAUGGAAAGGAGGCAAGCAGUGAAAGAAGUCCAAGCUAUGGCAGCCUUAGGUUCUCAUGAGAACAUAGUUCGAUAUUUCACCUCUUGGUUUGAGAAUGAGCAACUUUACAUUCAGAUGGAACUCUGUGAUCGCUGUCUGUCUAUGAAUCGGAACCAGCCACUGAAGCGCGGGGAAGCCGUGGAACUGUUGCAUCAGAUCUGCAAAGGCUUGGAUUUCAUGCAUGAACGUGGCAUAGCACACCUUGACGUGAAGCCUGAUAACAUAUAUGUCAGAAAUGGUAUUUAUAAGCUCGGAGAUUUUGGUUGUGCUACACUUAUUAACCGGAGUUUGGCAAUUGAAGAUGGAGAUUCACGUUAUAUGCCUCCGGAAAUGCUGAAUGAUAAGUAUGAGCAUCUUGACAAGGUUGAUAUCUUUUCCCUUGGGGCAGCUGUCUAUGAGCUUAUAAGAGGCACCCCGCUUCCUGAGUCUGGGCCUCACUUUAGAAGCAUUAGAGAGGGUAAGAUCGCAUUACUUCCAGGGUGCCCAAUGCAGUUUCAAAGUUUAAUUAAGUCUAUGAUGGAUCAUGAUCCGGUGAGGCGGCCUUCAGCAAAGGAGAUCCUGAGACACCCCUCCUUCGACAAGCUCCACAAGGCCCCAGCAAAGAAGUAG